UCUAAGAGCCACUUAUGUCCACCGCGUGCCUUUUACCAUUUCCUUGGGCCAUGAAAAUUUUUCUAAAAUCGAAUUGUUUUCAUUCUAGAAUUAGAGUACGUAGUUACGUAUCGUGAUCAGCUUUGUUCCUGGGUCCUGUCCGUGGGCGCCACGUGCGGUCAAACCUGGAAGUUUCUCGAGGCGGUAGUGUAACUAUGACAAAGGGGUUGCUCCCCGGUCAUCGCCAUCGAAUACGUAUAUUAACCUGAGCCCUCCAUCCCAUUACCUAUUCUGAGUCAGGCCCUUUACUAGAAUUCUUAAUCAUCAACCAUUAAACCAAAACAUAACCACCUGUAUCCACAUAUACUAUAAACUCAUCAUCAACCUCACCACUGAACAGGAUAAUCGCAAAGAUGCCUAACUUCACCAUCACCGAGCCUCACCCCACCAUCCCGAAGAACUCAUACGCUCACUCUGGCCGAGGAGGCGCUGGUAACUACUUCCGCGCUCCAACCACCACGCCCUCUUCUGGCAUCGCAACAAGGCCAACACCAGUGCCGACCACCUCAUCCCGCUUCCACUCCGGACGAGGUGGUGCAGGCAACGCCCACGUCUCAGUCGAGAAGCCCGUCAUGUCAUUCGAUGAAGAGUUCGCCUCCAAAACCCACAUCGAGCAAAAGCCAGUUGGCUACGUCGGCCGUGGCGGUGCCGGAAACGUGUAUGGAGCGAGCGGACCCACCACCGUCCGCAAGGGUAGCGACGCUUCGAGCCAUCACAGCUCAAGCAGCACCGGUAGCUUAUCCAACAUAUGGAGCCGCAUAAGUCACCGGCACUAAGUUGCUACAUACAGUGUAACCUAUCAUCAUCAUCAUCAUCAUCGCGAUGAUGAUCAACGGCGAUGACCUAAUAUUCAACACAUCGCACACUACACCAACUACACAUCAACAUCUCUCUACUUUUCAUCAAAGGCGAGCAUGGCGCAGCGGAGUUCUCGGGUACUAUCACGCUUCACGACGAAGUAUACCUAAUAGGGUACCACGAUCCCCUGAAAGGCGGAUCGAAGGAAAAGAAAAAAAGGAUUUGGG